AUGUAUGAAACAAUUAAUUUAUAUAUUAAAUCUUAUCGUGACUAUGCUCAACAUAAUAUCCGUCCACUUAAACCGGAUGAACAUCUUGAACCUAUUGCUCCUCCAACAGAAGUCUUUGCUAUGGCUGUUCCUCGAAACACUGCACAAAUAACUACUGAAUUUAUUGUGGAAACCAGUCUCACGUUUGGAGUACCAUCUUAUAUUCUUACUGAUCAAGGUAUUCAUUUUGGUAAUGAAUUAAUAGCUGGUGUUUUAUCGGUUUUCAGCUGUGCACAUACUUUUGCCACUGCUCAUCAUUCUUAA